UGGCCACAUAUUAUUACCCCAAAAAUUGAUAUUGUUGUCCUGGAUCAACUGCUGAGUCAUAUUUGCUUUCAUGCAUGGGGCUUUAUCGUGAACAAACGUCACUUCAUCCACAUCAAUGACAUGUUUUCUUCAUUUUUGAGAAAAGGAAAGACGUGCUGAACCAAAAUUGUAUCACGAAAGUAUUCACCUGUCCAGGAUUCUCCUUAUUAUCUUUGACUACCCAAAGCAAUUUUUUGCGGUAAAAAUAAUGAAAAUACCGAUGCAUGCUUGAUUUUGUACCAUUUCACGAUAUCUUUCGUCCUCUUCAAUAUCUUCGAUAGAUUUAGCCCAGAUUCUGUCAUUCUGGUAAUUUGGCUUCCGAAUACUCCACACAAAAAAUUCAUCAGCUGGUGCGCGAGGUGUAAGAAGUCUUCCUGCGUCCAGUUCUUUAACCAGUCACAUAGCCACAGACGAUCGGAAAUAUGAGUUUCUGAUUUCAAUUGUUUCCGAAUAACAUGAAAAGGCUUUAGUCCCAUCCGGUGUCGGUAGUUAUCGAUCGUGCUUCGCGUAACAUACUCUUUUUGUCUCGCUGCAAUUUCCCUUGCCACAACGGAAGAACUUUUUUUCUGCUUGCCACUCGCAUUGAGGAUGAUAUUUUGACUGUCCUACGAUCCAUUGUCUAGUGAUGAAUGCUGCACCAGCAUCACGCACUUCACGAAAAGCGACGCACUUUAUUCGGUCGGCAAUUCUUUGUUGUUCAUUGUCAUAAGUCCCACCUAAAUUAAAAAUGUAUCAUGAUCAUCAUUGAAAGAUACAAAUAAAAGACGCGAAGUUUACUCAUAUUCCCAGCAAAAUCACUUCGUUCAAAGAGAAAUUACGGUUUCUUUAUAGCUAUGAUGUCGUAUGCGAGCAAAGAAAAUGAAAAGAAGAGGAUGAAAAGCAAUUCGACUUGAUACGAUCGUGACUAACGACUAUUUCUUCCUUCUUUUCAUGAUUAGAAUGCUGUGCGUACGUCCUUACGGAGGAGAACGAAAAAAAAUGAUAAAGGAAUGAAGAGAAUCAUUCUCUUGCACAUUCAAGCAAUGUGUUUUAAGUUAUUAGAUAAAUUCCUUAUCAGUUUGACGAUAAUGUACAUUUUCUUAACGGCUGUAUUACUUCUUUAUUGGAUAGUCGGUGGAAUCAUAACUGUCAAAACUCUGUGACUUAUCUUAGCUCUGUAUAUGGCUCUCUCUCUAGAACACUUAAAUAUAUCCCUAGAUGCCGUUUUUGACGGGCUUUCUUUUGGUAUAAAAUUCAUUGUGUCCAUCACUAGUCAUUAGGGCUGUACCUCCCUGGACAAACAUUUUUGGCAUCCGAGUAGAUACAAUUAACAAAGAAAUAUUGGCAGACGAUAGCUAACGCACAAAAAAUAACAGAACAAAUAGAAAUACUUCGACAACGAAUUAGUUUACAACGUAUAGAACCCAAAAUUAAUAAAACAAUUGAUCGUUCACUUGAUCAUGUUCAACCGAUGCUUAACAAUGCAGCUCUCGAGAAAGAUCAACGUGCUGGUUUAAUAUCGAGAUACUCAAAGAUAAUUACACAAUAUAAAUUUGAUCUGAUCGCUUUAAAUUUAGACACAUUGGAAAAUAUUCGUCGUGGACAUGAACAAAGUAUAAGUGAUUUAGAAGAAAAGUUAGCACAAGUCUGUCCACCUCUAUUACGACAAGCUAUUGCGGACCGUCAACAAAUAAUGAUAAAACGUCACCAGAAACUUUUAGAACAUAAAUUAAAAUCAUCUCGUUCUCGUCGUCGGAGCAGUUACUCCAAUUCUGUUAUUUAUACACAAAUUACUGCUUCAUUACCGUCUAUUGAAGUUUACCUUAACUUAAGUCCACAACAAAUGUCUAUGUUAAUUAAUGGUCUAAAAUAUGUUGUACCAUGUCAAACUCAAUUUAUUGUUGCUGCUGCUUCUGGUCCAUUCAUUGAUACUAUUGUCAAUGAACAAUUUGAAAGUAUAUUUACUAUUGUAAGAAAUUGCCUAAACGAUCGUGGAAUAUUAUCGAGUGAUAUACGAGUAAAGAUGGCACUUCCUGAAUUACGACAGAUCGUCGAUACAUUUAAAUCACAAAAGAUAUCAAAACAAUUAAAAGAACGUGCUCGACAUGAAUACAAAACUAUUCGAAGUAUCCGUCGACUAUUACAUGAACGACCUGAUAUUGUAAUUUGUCGAACGGAUAAGACAAAAGCAUUAUAUAUUGGCAAUAGAACGACAAUGGCUCGUAAGGCAUAUGAGUAUAUGGAUAAGACAACAGCUUACGAAGAACUUGUCGAUGGACGUUCACCUUUAAGUGAUAUAUUACAAGGUCUACAUACAUUACUCGACUAUGUUGUACGAACACAUGGUCUAACCGAUAAACAACGUAAAACACUACUUCCGAACCUAAGUCGCCUCGAAUUAGCACAUUAUCAUGGCUUACCAGAGACACACAAGAACGGAAUACCAUUACAACCUAUUAUUGCAUCGAUUAGCUCGCCAACAACAUUGCUCUCGAAGUUUUUGAAUAAUCUUCUAGCACCUAUCUAUCUACAAGUAGCACGUGAAACAACAUUUAUUAAUGAUAUUGAUUUAGUACGAAAAUUAGAAAGUCAUGUCGAUAAAGGAUUUUUUAAUUCAACAACGAUAUUUGUUACAGCUGAUGUUAAAGAUCUUUAUACGAUGAUACCAAGACAAGGUGCAACAUUAGCCUUGAUGCGAUUCUUAGAAAAAUAUACUAAACACGGAAAAAUUGGCACAUUAUCAAUUGAUUACAUACUACGCAUGGCUCCUUUUAUAUUAGAUUCAAAUUAUUUUGUUUAUACUAAUAAAUACUACAGACAAAUACGAGGUGAAGCGAUGGGUUCAGCUUUUACACAAGUAUUAGCUAAUAUCUAUAUGUUCGAAUGGGAACAAGAGUUAAUUGCAUACAUACACCAACAUAAUGGUAUUUAUGGAAGAUAUAUUGUUGAUAUUUUUAUCGUUACAAAUCAAUCACUUGCUGAAGUACAACUGGAAUUACGAAAAGCUCAAACAAAAGACAUUAAUAUUAAAAUAACACCAGUUAUUGGUACGUCAGUAAACUUUCUCGAUGUUAUUGUUAUUAACGAAAAUGGACAUUUAAGAACAUCAAUCUAUCAUAAACCAACAGCACAGCCCUAUUUUUUACCUUAUACAUCAGAUCAUCGACGUCACAUUGAUCGCAAUAUACCCUAUACAGCUUUACUACGUGCAGCUCGUCUUUGUUCGAAUGUCGAAGAUUUUGAUAUCGAACGUAUUCGUAUUGAUAUGUCUCUAUUACUUAACCACUACCCACCAAGAUUUAUUAGUUAUUAUUUCAAUAAAUUUUUUGAAAACAAUAACGCUGUUUCUGUCUUACAACGAUUAGACAAAAAUGUAUAUCGACAAUUACAUCGUGAUCUACUUCAUAAAUGUACACGACGCGAAAAACAACUGAACAUGAUGACCAAAGAUCCCAUUCAGUUUCCUACAGUUCUACAACAAAAACCCUGGGAUAAAUCCAUCAUGUAUCUACGAUAUAAAUAUGACAGCGGUUUAACCAGACAUUUUCCAAAACAAUUUCAUGAAUGGUGGGAUAAACAUUUCAAAUAUGCAGCCAAGGAUCUGAAUAAUGUCUCUAUUCGUAUGAUAGGGAACUCGAAUCGAACACUAGAACAAUGGUUUAUUCAUAAGAAACCAUCAAAAGAACUACUAACCAGAAUGGAUACAAAACUGAAUUAA